AUGAAGACCGAUUUCAAGUUUUCCAAUUUGCUCGGCACGGUAUACUGCCAGGGCAACCUGCUCUUCAGCCCAGAUGGCACCCAUUUGUUCUCGCCCGUGGGCAACAGGGUCACUGUCUUCGACCUUGUGAACAACAAAUCCCAUACCCUGCCCUUUGCGCACCGGAAAAACAUCUCGCGAAUCGGCCUCACUCCUCGAGGAAACCUGCUGCUGUCCAUUGACGAGGAUGGCCAGGCCAUUCUGACCAACGUCCUCCGCCGAAUCCCCAUCUACCGAUUUUCAUUCCGCUCUUCCGUCACCGCCCUCUCCUUUUCCCCUUCCGGACGCCAUUUUGUUGUCGGUCUGGGCCGCAAGAUCGAGGUCUGGCAUGUGCCGUCCACACCAGAUGCGAACGCCGAAGGAGAGCUCGAGUUCGCUCCAUUUGUGAAACACCACACCCACACACAACAUUUUGACGAAGUGCGCAGCAUCGAGUGGUCCAGCGACUCGCGAUUCUUCCUCAGUACCUCAAAGGACUUGACCGCGAGAAUAUGGAGUCUCGAUCGAGAGGAGGGGUUCGUGCCGACAGUGCUCUCAGGACACAAGCAAGCGGUGGUGGGGGCCUGGUUUUCUGAUGACCAGGAAACCAUUUACACCGUCAGCAAAGACGGCGCCGUGUUCGAUUGGAAAUACGUCGGAAAGCCGGUUCAGGACGAAGACGAGAUGGUGGACGAGGACGAGGACGACAUGCGCUGGAGGAUCGUCGACCGACACUACUUUAUGCAAAACAGUGCGCAUGUCCGAUGCGCGACCUUCCACCCAGAGUCCAACCUUCUCGUCGCCGGGUUUUCCAACGGAACAUUCGGUCUGUACGAACUGCCCGACUUCAACAUGAUCCACACCCUGAACAUCUCCCAGAACGAGAUUGACUUUGUGACGAUCAACAAGAGCGGAGAGUGGCUGGCCUUUGGCGCUUCGAAGCUGGGGCAGCUGCUGGUGUGGGAGUGGCAAUCCGAGUCGUACAUCUUGAAGCAGCAAGGCCACUUUGACUCCAUGAACAAUUUGGUCUACUCCCCCGACGGACAACGCAUCGUCACCAUCGCCGACGACGGCAAGAUCAAGGUUUGGGAUACCGAAUCAGGUUUCUGCAUCGUUACCUUUACCGAGCACACGAGUGGUGUGACGGCCUGCGAGUUCUCGAAGAAGGGCAACGUUCUAUUCACAUCAAGUCUGGACGGCUCCGUGAGAGCUUGGGAUCUCAUCAGAUACAGAAACUUCCGCACAUUCACGGCGCCAACAAGGUUGUCAUGGUCAUGCAUGGCUGUUGACCCCAGCGGUGAGGUCGUCGCAGCUGGAUCUCUGGACUCUUUUGACAUCCACAUCUGGUCCGUGCAAACGGGACAGCUUUUGGAUCAGCUCACCGGACACGAGGGUCCCGUGUCGGCCCUGGCCUUCACACCAAACGGCAACUCCCUCGUCAGUGGCAGUUGGGACCGCACCGCAAGAAUUUGGUCCAUUUUCAGCAGAACGCAGACUAGCGAGCCUUUACAGCUGCAGGCCGAUAUUCUCGACAUUGAUGUACGCCCCGAUUCGUUGCAGCUGGCCAUCUCGACUUUGGAUGGCCAGCUUUCUUUCUGGUCCAUCACCGAUGCCGAGCAGGUGUCUGGACUGGAUGGUCGUCGUGACGUCUCUGGCGGACGCAAGCUCACCGACCGGCGGACGGCUGCCAACGUGGCGGGAACAAAGAGCUUCAACACCAUUCGAUACAGCACAGACGGAAGCUGCUUGCUUGCCGGUGGUAACAGCAAGUACAUCUGCCUGUACUCUGUUCAUACAAUGGUUCUCCUGAAGAAGUACACCGUCAGCGUCAACCUGUCUCUGUCCGGAACGCAAGAGUUCCUCAACAGCAAGCUCCUCACUGAGGCCGGCCCUGGUGGUCUGAUUGACGACCAGGGCGAGGCCUCGGACCCCGAGAACAGGAGAGACGACUCCCUUCCGGGUUCCAAGCGCGGCGACCCUUCCGCGAGGAAGAGGAUGCCAGAGGUCCGCGUCUCGGGCGUGGCAUUCACGCCCACCGGCACGGCUUUCUGCGCCGCCACCACGGAAGGCCUGCUCAUCUACAGCCUCGACAACCUCAUGCAGUUCGACCCCUUUGAUCUCAACAUGGAGAUUACUCCCGCGUCCACGCUCGCCGUCCUGGAAAACGAAAAGGACUACCUCAAGGCCUUGGUUAUGGCCUUCCGCCUCAACGAAGCCGGCCUCAUCAAGCGCGUCUUCCUCUCAAUACCGCACACGGACAUCGCCCUGGUCGUCCAGGAAACGCCCAUCGUCUACGUCCCCAGGUUACUGCGCUUCGUCGCGGCCCAGACGGAGGAGACACCGCACAUUGAGUUCUGCCUCCUCUGGGUAAAGGCGCUGGUGGACAAACACGGCGCCUGGCUCACGCAGCACAGGGGUAAAGUGGACGUCGAGCUGAGAAUCGUAGCGAGAGCCGUCUCGAGGAUGCGCGACGAGAUCAGGAGGCUCGCGGACGAUAACGUGUACAUGGUGGAUUAUCUCUUGGGUCAGGCCAACGAAAAGGAAACGAGCGGUGUAAAAAUGCUGGAUCUGGCCGCGUUCGACGCCCCCGCCAAGACUUUGGCGAUUGGAGACGCGGAUGAAGGCCAGAGCGAUUCCGAUGGAGAUGAGUGGAUUGGGCUAGAAUAA